ACCUGUGAGCAGCUGUUGAAGCGGUCGCCAUUUUAUUAAUCGCAGAUUUUGUUAGGCUGAAUCGCUUGGUCUCCGCUGAAAACGGUUAUUUUUUGAAUUUUAUAAUAGAACCUGAAGAUUAUAGAAGAGAAUAGAACCUGAAGAAUUUCACAUUUUAUUAACUAGAAGAUCAAGGAUAUUUUGAAAGAUAUAUAAUGGAAAAUGACAAUUCAGUGGAGGCUUCAAUAUUAAAUGAAGGGGUGGAGGAAGAAAACGAUAAAUUUUCGUGGAAUCCGCGGGCAACAAAGUUAUUGCUAUCGGCCUAUAAAGAAAAAAAGGCUCUAUUUAGAGACCCCAAAGUAAAAAAGAAACAUUUAUGGGAAGACAUCAAAAAUGUUUUUUUAAAUAAUGGCUACUAUGUAUCAGAAGAUAUUCUGGACAAAAAAUUCAGGAAUAUGAAGAGCCACUUUAAAACCGUUAAGAAUAAUGCCAAGAAAAAGAAAGGUAGAAUUUCGUGGGAGUAUUUCGAAGAUAUGAAUUAUAUAUUCGAAGACGAUAAAACUAUGAAAACUGAUGAGGUUAUAUCCUCGAUGAAUAUGGCAAUUAAAAGAGAUGCAGAUGAUGACAAGGAAAGUAUAAUCAUAGUAUAUUCAGCAGACCCACAGCCCAGUACAAGCACAGCAGAAGCAGAAGCUGAAACACCUUCAAUACUGCCAACUGUACCUGUAACAGCAAAGUCUUUAUCCAAAUAUACGAGUGUAAUGCUAGACUUGGAUACCAGAAGAGUGGUUGCAUUAGAAAAAAUUGCAAAGACGUUAGAGGGUAUUAAGGAUGUUCAAAAACAACGAAAUAAUUUGAUAAGAUCAUUAUCUGAAUCAAAGAAAGACGAAAAAUAAUAUGUAUAUAGAUUGGAUUUUAGAUUACGUUUAAUUUUUGUAUAUAGUUCAGAUUAGGAAUAUAAAAUUUAGAUAUAUAGAUUAGGGAUAGAUUAAAAUGUAUA